AUGAGCCACCACCAACUCUCUCCCGCGGCCGAGAGUCUGCGUCAACAGAUAAAACAUAUGAUUACCGACGCUACACCUAAGCCAUCAAACUCACAAUAUAACGAAACAACGGUCUUUGAGCAGGAUAAGAAUGGAAACAAAGUAUACGACGGCAUAUUGCUCGAUAGGAAAGUGUCUGAGUUGAAAAAACAGAUGGAUCUCGGAGAGGAAUGGGGAUGGAGCCUGGCAUACUUUUUUCAGUCGAGACCGCUCAUCAACAAAUUCUCGCGCAUGUGGCUCGUGCCGUUAUCUGAAAAGGCAAUCAUCACUCCCGUGCCGCGGCCGUUGGAAGACGACUCGCCCGGUGUGGCUUUGAGGGAAGGUUUCUGCACGCUUAUCGUUGACCAACCUACUCUAAGCUUAGAUUCAACUGUUUUAUUCAUUGCACCCCAAUAA